ACACCCCGCUCUCACGACAACUACCAGAAUUCAAUGCGUACAUUAACAAGAGGCUCAGGACUGUUUGUGUUGCACGACUGAAUAAAGUGAUUCGGAUUUAUUCUUUGUAAUUCUGGCGUGUAGAAGCCCAACAAGAAAAAUGGAAGCAAAUGGUUUUGGAAGAUUGAUUGCCAGCAGUCUUUGCACCUGAUGGUGAUACCAUCAUGCUCAUAUCUGUUCACUUCACCUUCCUGUAGAUUGUUGCCAUGGAGCACUGUGACGGAAAUGAGCCAGCAAGUGAUACAAAGCAUUUGUCUGCUGGCUGUGAGCAGAUGGCCAUGGGUGACCAGGAUUCACAGACUGAGGUGAAGCCUCCAUCUGACAUUUCUGAUGCUGUACCCCUUGAGCAUCAGCCAUCAGGGAAACUGAGGAGGACUGCCUUAAGAUUCUUUGGAGGACGCAAAAGCAUCUGUGUUUUACCAAACUUCUUUGGGGGAAGGAACAAAAAUCUAAACAAGUGGUCCUCUAAGAAGGGAGUCAGCAAGAGUAAAACUCAUGAUGGACUUAGCAAGGCAGACUGGGAGGACAGUCUGGGAAUUGGAUAUGUCCCAGCAGGAUAUUUUGAGUACCACAGCCAGAAAGAUACUGCUGGAAAGGCUUGUAGGGAAUUUGGUCACCCUACUGGUGAUCAGAAGUUAUUCUCUCUUCCCCAGCAGAAAAAGGGUUUGCGAGAACUUUUUAACAGCAUCAGGCGUCGUAGAAAGAAUAGAAAUUGUGAUUUUGAAAAAAAUGAAAUGGUUGUGAAUUCUCAUGUCUGCUACAAAGAGGUGCCUAUUGCCCAGAAUAUCAUUGACCAAAAUGACAUGGAGUGCCUGGGCAGUUUGUCUGAAUCCAAUGUGCCUGUUUUGGCAAACGUUGACGAUUGUUUGACAAUUGCUCCUGAAUAUAUUCAUGUUGAUGUCAUAGUGUCUAAGAAAGACCUGGUGAAACAAGGGAGUCUGGAUUCUCUGAUAGGGGAACUGAAGAAAGGUGAGGAUAUGGUAGAGACACUCCAUAUAAACACAGAACCAGAUUCUUUCCUGAAGACUAACCUAGAGUCUACUGUGAACGUCCAGCUGCCUGCUGGCUCAUCUCAGAUGAGCUUGAUGUUUGGUGAUGUGGCCUCUCUAAAGAGUUUUGACUCACUCACUGGCUGUGGUGACAUAAUAGCUGAUCAAGAGGACGACAGUAUUGCAGAUUCUCAGGGCACAGGCUCAGCGGAAAGGAGUCGAAAUGCAGGCAAACGGAGUUCCUGUUAUGUUACGUACCAGGGUGGAGGAGAAGAAAUGGCCACCCCUGUUAAGGUGGACAGGGAUUAUCUCCACGACCUCUGGGAAAAUGAGGUUGCAGAGGACGCUUGCUAUACCCACAGCCACGAAGAAGACUUUCUAGAGCACAGUGAAAGUCCUAGGAUGACACCUGAAGAGCCAUCUAGCUCCUAUACCAUGGACAUCAGCAGCAACAGCAAUGGUGCUCUUGGAGUUACAGAGACCACCCUUACAUCUUCAGAUGUCAUGACCCCACAGAGCGAAAAUCAAGUGUCCGUUCCUAACAGCGAUGAGGGUUACUAUGACUCUACCACCCCAGGACAAGAUGAAGACGGACGUGACAAAGUUGACAGGAUCAGGACUGAUAGACUACCAAGGGACAGUUAUAGUGGCGAUGCGCUGUAUGAGCUUUUUGAGCCUGAUGACAGUCUUAUCAGUCCACCUUUUGAAAAAGCUAAGCUGCCCGUCUCUGAUCCACUUGAGUUUUUAGACUUGUCAGCUCAGUGUGGUGGUGAAGAUGUAAAUGCUGUGUUCGCUCCUGAAACGGGUCUAAUUGAAGAGGACAGGCUAACUGGGAAUAGGGAGAAAAUGCUUGGCAACCCUAAAUUGUCAGAUGCCGUUUUUGGCACCUUUACCUCAACAUGUCAAUCACAAGAAAUUGACUCUGAGCAAAACAAGCCACAGUCCCCACGGUUAAGAGGAAAUCAUGAUCUAUCUAAAACAAAGAAUGACUUGGAGGAUGACCAGACAGUUUGCUUCUCCCAAGCCCUAGUGGACUUCACAAAACAAUCACAUGUUUAUAGUAAUUCAACUGAAAGCAUGGGAGGCUCUGAGUCAAACUCUCCCUUUGCCCAAAACAUGCAAGCCCUCCCAGCCAUUGUCACAUUUGAUGUCGUGGACAUGGAUAACGAGGGGGAAUAUGACCAGCAGAUGGAUAUGGUAAUGGAGGAGGAAUACAUCACGUCGCCUUAUGAAGUGUUUGAAGAAAGCUACCUGCAAAAGGAUGCGUUUGCUGAAUGUGACUUACGUAUGUUUGACCUCCUUGAACAGAGUCUCAGUAAUACUUGGGGAAUCGCCAGCCUGCCACGUCACCUUAGCCUUACACAAGUCAAUCGGUUGAGUCCACUGGCUCCUCUGCUGAGUCCUUUGGCUUUAAAUAGGAGGAGUAGAUCCCUGGACACAGAGAGCUUGGAGUUAGAGAUGACUGACAUGUAUUUAGGGAGUGGGGCAGCACUAGCGUCUUGCCCUAGAACAGAAAGGGACUCGAAGAGAGUGUCCUCGCUUCACCGCAAAAAUAAUGGAUACAUUUCCACUUCAGAAAACCGGGAUAAUAGACAGAUCAUGUUUCCGUCAUGGCAGCCAGAGACUGAGGGGACUGUAACGCACCCACGAACAGAUGGGAAAAGAACAGAGCAGACGUACAGUCUCUAUCAAACUCAAAACAGACAAAUGAUAUCAUUCAGUCAGCCUGUCAGUCAAGUCCCAAACUGUAAAUCUCAACAGAUCUCAGCUAGCAAAAUGACUGACAGUGUAUCCUGUAAUUAUAUCUCUCAGAUUACAGGACCGUUACAUAGGCCAUCUCAUCUUCCUUUGCAAUCAGAAUCCUGUCGGCCCCAUGCCCUCUAUGGGAGAUCAGUUAAGGCAUCAGAUGGUGGUGGUGAGGCCCUUUUUUACACAUCGACCGUUAGCUCUCAUCCUUAAAAUCAACAUCAUAACAUGCCUCAACCUUGGUUGUGAGUCUGGCAGUUCUGUAAGCAGGGCUCUAAACUAACUUUAAAAAUGUAGGAACACCAGAAAUGUGAUUUUUAAAAUUGGUUAAGAUACAGUAUAGCCUAGCUACUUCUAAAGCACAUGGUGUGCCCUAGAAACGAAUAUGAAACCCUGUAAACACUUUUUUUAUUAUAAAAAGCAAAAAUGUUGACAUAAAUACCUCAUUAAAAUUAAGUCAUUUAUGGAAUAUUAGGUCUCUACGUAAUGUAAAUUCACUAACAUUUAAUGUUGUACACCGUCUCUUUAAGAGCAUCAAGUUUGUGAUGACAUGCAAGACGUCAUUCGUUCAUUGUUAUGAUCAUGGAUCUCCUGAAGAAGCUAUCCCUUUUCCUUUCUGUGCCCCCAAAUGUUUGGAUAUACUGUUUUCAGGUUGUUAGCUAGCUAAUGAGGUAUCAAACAUGACUGAACAAGGUGUAAAACAAAUGCAGUCCGCAAGUAGUUUUAGAACGUCCCGCGACAUGGUUUAUGAAUGUAAAAUGCGGCCUCCCAACCUGUGACAAAAAACAACAACAAACGUUGCACUGAUAAUAUGGGUUAGCUCUUUUGAGCUGUUUGGGCUAGAAUCAAGCAGUUUUUGCUGUAUUAAUGGUGCAAGCAUGACGCUAACGAAUCUGGACUCGGGGAAACGAGAAGCCUUAUUACAAAAAUUAUACAAAUAAAAUGAAGUUAUUUAUUUUGUUGCACUGGUGCUCCCAAAUUAAAACUCCAGGUUGAGGUCGCACAGCAAAAUAUUUAGUCGCAAAUGUGCACUUUAAAGCCCUGCCUGUAAGGCCAGUGGACUAUGAGCAGCAGGCAGACUUCACCAUUAAAGGAAGACAAACUGGAUAUGGUACAUCCUGUUAAAUGUAACAAUCACACGGUGCCUUCGGAAAGUAUUCAGACCCCUUGACUUUUUCCACAUUUUAAUACGCUACAGCCUUAUUCUAAAAUUGAUUGAAUCGUUUUUUUCCCUUUAUCA